AUGUCCGCCGCAGAAGAACGGCCACGGCCGCCCAAGAGACUGUUCACGGGGAGGUUAUUUGGGAAAAGCUCCCAGAACUUGCACACGCCCGAUAUCGACACGAUGCCCGAGACACCUAUCUGCUUUAGUCACACCGACGACACGGGGUUCUCCGACGGGUUUAAAAACGGAACAACGUGGAGGCAUCCGGAUGCAGUAAUCGGGGGCGUGCUCACACAGGAGGACCUCGACCGGCAGCAGCGGUGGAACCACGACCUGGAGCUGCACUACCGCACGCCGUCGUUCAGCCAGACGCGCAGGGAGAAGAAGAACCGCGUCACGAGCGGCAAGCUCGUCGACAUCACGAGCCUGGCGGGCACCCUGACCGAGACGUCGCGCGGCUUCUUCCUCCGCCGCACCGCGCCCGCCGUGUCCGCCCCGAUCGAGAUCCACGCCGACGGCGACGCCGCCUCGUCGACCACCAUGCGGCGGUCGACCACCGACUCGAGCGAGUCGUCGCAAGAAGACGACGAGAACAACAGCUUCCGCAGCCGCCUGCUCUACGAAAAGCUGCUCGAGAGCUUGCCCGACAUCGAAUCUCGCAAGCGUUGA